CACUUUGCAAGAUGCAAGAAAUUCCGUGCAAAGAUUAUGUCAUUCAAGUCGGCCAUGGGCUGUUGGCGUCGGUCCCGGCGCAGUUGUUGGAGCUGCUGCCCAAAGUUACCAGCUUCAUUGUCAUUAGCGAUUCGAAUGUCGCGCCGCUGUAUGCGCAGACGCUUCUUCAACGCUUCCAGCGGCGGGUCGAAUUAUACGUUGUCCCUGCCGGUGAAGCGAGCAAGAACCGUCGAAUGAAAGAUGCAAUCGAAGACUUUAUGCUGGAGAAGCGCAUGCAUCGCGACUGCUGCGUCGUUGCGUUGGGUGGGGGUGUUGUUGGCGACCUUGCCGGGUUUGUCGCGUCCACGUACAUGCGAGGUGUUCCAUUUGUUCAAAUUCCAACGUCCUUGCUUGCAUGUGUGGACUCUUCCAUCGGCGGCAAGACUGGGAUCGAUGUCGCAGCGGGGAAGAACCUCAUCGGAGCCUUCCAUCAGCCGAAACGCGUCUUUGCCGACUUGGAUGUGCUCUCGACGCUGCCAAAGCGCGAGCUUAUCAACGGCAUGGCGGAGAUCAUCAAGGCCGGCGCGAUCUACAGCGAAUCGCUCUUUUCCAAGCUCGAAUCCAAUGUCGACGCGAUUCUCGCACUCAAGAAAGAUGUUGUACUCGACAUGAUGGCAACGUCCGUUUCGAUCAAGGCGACGAUCGUCGAACAAGACGAAAAGGAACAUGGCCUUCGCGCCAUUCUGAACUUUGGCCACAGCGUCGGACACGGCAUUGAAGCCAUUAUGCAGCCGGAAUUGUUGCACGGAGAAUGCGUCGCCAUCGGCAUGGUCAAGGAGGCCGAGAUCGCUCGGGGUCUUGGUCUGUGCUCAUCCGCCACCGUCGGCCGCCUCGUGCGGUGCAUCAAGGCAUUUGGCUUGCCUGUUCGAGUCCCUGCUCGGGCAUUGACCGCGACCGUGUUGGAGAAGAUGGAAGUCGACAAAAAGAAUUCGGGAGGAAUCAAAAAGCUCAUUCUCCUCACGUCGAUCGGCACCGUCCAUUCGAAUCCAUUCACGGUGGCCGUCGAGGACGCGCGCAUUGCACAUGUGCUGGAGCCGCAGGUGCUGGUCGUGCCACCGAGUGACCCCAUCUCUGGAACAGUCCAAGUCCCUGGCUCAAAGUCGAUUUCCAAUCGAGUGUUGCUCAUGGCAGCGUUGGGCUCUGGCACUUGCCGCAUUUCAGGACUGCUGCACUCGGACGACACUCAAGUCAUGAUGGACGUGCUGCAGUACUUGGGGGCGCACGUGUCGUGGGAAAACGACGGAGAUGUGUUGGUGGUUGUCGGCACCGCGGGAAAAUUUCCGCCUUCGUUGCCCGGUCAUUGGUACCUGAGCAACGCCGGGACCGCUACUCGCUUCUUGACGACUGUCGCUACACUUGCUGGGACGCCCGUCCAUAUCACGGGCAACUCGCGCAUGCAAGAACGUCCGAUUUCGGACCUCGUCGAUGCUUUGGUGGCAAACGGGUGCUCCAUUCAAUAUGCCAAGGCCCACGGCUGCCCCCCGCUGGACAUUUCCCCCACGGGGCUGCCUGGUGGAGUCAUGCACAUGGCCGGCAAGGUCAGCAGCCAGUACGUGUCGUCCGUGCUGCUGAGCGCGCCGUAUGCAAACGCGCCACUGGACCUUCGCUUGGCCGAAGACCACCCGACGUCGUUCCCGUACAUUCAAAUGACGACUCAGUUGAUGUCCGUGUUUGGCAUCCAAGUGCAAACGCUCGGAACGAACAACCGCUUUGUGGUUCCGCAAGGCAUCUACAACAAUCCUCCUCGCAUUCACGUCGAAGUGGACGCCAGUUCUGCGACGUACCCGCUGGCCUUUGCUGCCAUUUCCGGUGGCCGCGUGGUCGUGCCAGGCUUGGGCCGGACGUCGUGCCAAGGAGACGCUGCCUUCUUCACGGCGCUUCAAGCGAUGGGAUGCACCAGUGGUCAAGACGAAUCGUCGACGUGGGUCCAAGGUCCACCUCACGGAUCGUUGAACGCGAUUGAGAUUGACAUGGAAACGAUGACGGAUGCGUUCAUGACCCUGGCGGUGCUCGCAGCCGUCGCGACCGGCGUCACCAAAAUCACGGGCAUUGCAAACCAGCGCGUCAAAGAGUGCAAUCGAAUUGCAGUCAUGGUCGAAGAGCUGGCCAAGUGCGGGGUCCAGUCGGGUGAACUGCCCGAUGGUCUAUGGAUCCAAGGUCGCGGCGGCCUCGCUCCCCCGACGUUUCCCAAAAUUCCCGCCAAAAUUGCGUGCCACAACGACCACCGCAUCGCCAUGUCGUUUGCGGUCCUGGGGUCCUACUGGCCCAACAUUGUGAUCGCUGACAAGGAGUGUACAGACAAGACGUUCCCGUCCUUCUGGGACGAAUGCCAUGCUGCGUUGAAGAUUCCGUUUGAAGUGCCGUCGGCAUCGCUUGCGACGACGGGUGCGGUCGACAAGUCCACCGUCUACCUCAUUGGAAUGCGGGGCGUCGGCAAGACAUCUCUCGGUCGACAUGGCGCAAUGGCCCUUGGUUUGACGUGGAUCGAUAUGGACGAGUACAUGGAAACGCAUCAACUCGGCAUGUCGGUGAAGGAAUACGUGGCUGCAAAUGGCUGGGCAGCAUUUCGCGCCCAAGAAGUGGUGUGCUUGCAAUCAUGGGUGCAAACUCCGCCGAUCAACACGAUUGUGUCGUGUGGUGGCGGCGUCGUCGAGAGUCCCGAAGCGGUCGCGCUGUUGUCCCAAUCGUCCAACGUGAUUUAUCUGCAAAGAACAUUGACCGAUAUCGAGGCGACGCUUGCCCAGGACGAGUCGCGACCCGCCUACGGCGAAGAUAUAGCGACCGUCUUCCACCGCCGCGUGCCGCUUUUCACCGCAUCCAGCUCGUUUGUGUUUCCAGUGCUGCCCGGGGACGUGAACUAUACGCGCAUCAACCGUGACUUUGUCCGGCUGUUGAUGGUUGUGCUGGGCCGAUACAACCUCGCUCCGCUCAAGACCCAGCCAGACACGUACUUUGUGUCGCUGACAUUUCCAAACUACACGACCGUCCCGCCCGACCUCGUGGCGACGGUAGCUGACAAGGCGCACGCCCUCGAACUUCGUGUGGACUUACUCGAAAGCUUCGACAAGGACUUCAUUGCGAAUCAAGUGGCGGCAUUGCGUGCAGCGUCCACUUUGCCCAUCAUCUACACCGUGCGUACGAUCGGCCAGGGCGGAGCCUUCCCAGACGACCCGACGCGCGUGUUUGACUUGCUGCACUUUGGCAUUGCGCUGGGCUGCGAAGUGAUUGACAUGGAGUGCUGCUGGCCCGCGGACGAGCAAUGGCGCCUUAUCGAGUCCAAGCGCGGAUCUGCAAUUUUGGCGUCGUAUCACGCGAUCCGCGAGCGAACUACCCCCGAGCGCACUCAAGAACUGUUUGAGCUGUGUGCGUGGCAGGGCAACGUCGACAUGGCCAAAGUCGUGAUCCAGGCGUAUGACGUGUCGGAUGCCUACAUGAUUCACCAAGUCGUCGAGUCAUGCCGCUCCAGAUGGGGGUUUCCAAUGCCAUGCAUUGCCCUGUGCACGACGGAGGCCGGCAAGCUCAGCCGUGUGCUGAACCGUACGCUGACACCGGUGACCCACCCUGCGCUCCCCGUCGCCGCCGCACCGGGCCAGCUCUCCAUCCAAGAGAUUGAAUCCCUUCGGCGCAGUUUGGGCAUGGUCCAAGGCAAGCAGUUUUACUUGUUCGGGAGCCCCAUCCAGCACUCGCCGUCUCCGCGAAUGCACAACGCAGCGUUCCGAGCGCUGCACCUUCCGCACGUGUACUCGCUGCAUGACGCUACAGACAUUGCGACGUUUGAGGCACUGCUGCACUCGCCAGAGUUUGGCGGAGCUUCUGUUACGAUUCCCCUCAAAGUCGACAUUAUCCCAUACUUGUCGAGACUGUCGCCAGCAGCCACCGCCAUUGGCGCCGUCAACACGAUCAUUCCAGUGUACGCCGGCAUGAUGUGGGUCGUGCUUGGAAAGGACGGGAAUGCCGCGUAGGGACGGCGCCCUUGUGGGGGACAACACGGACUGGAUGGGCAUUUUUCGACCCAUCUCGGCCCGAUUGAGUGUUUCGGCCACCGACUCGAGUCGACGAUCCAAGGUUGCGCUCGUUGUCGGCGCGGGCGGCACGGCGAUGGCUGCAUGCUAUGCCAUGCAACAGCUCGGUCUCCAAGUGCUCGUGUACAACCGAACGCUGGAGAAAGCGAAGGAGGUCGCGGCGCGAUUUGGCGCGACGGCGGUCGCUUCUCUUGCUGACGUCGCCGCGGUCGACGUUGUCGUCGGUACCAUCCCGGCAACGUCUGGCUUUACGCUCCCCGACCGUUUGGUGCGCCAAGGGGUGAUUGUGAUGGAUGCAGCGUACAAGCCAGCUAUCACGCCGCUUUUGGCUCACGCCCAUGCCCACGCGGCUGUGUGCAUCCAGGGCUACGAGAUGCUGGUGGAGCAAGGGCUCGAGCAGUCCAAGCUGUGGACGGGAGAGACCGUCCAAAAGUCCAUCCUGGCCGACCAAGUCAAGGCGACUUUGGCAGCAACCGAUUUCCUCCACUAGACGAGAUGUUGUUCCUGGCGCAUUCCUCAAUGAAUACAUCAGUCGUAGGAAUCGUAAGUUAAAGGAAUUCAUUGCACCGUCGACCCCGCUUGGCGCUGCGAGGAGAGAUGUGCAUAGUGUCUUCUUUGCACCGAUCUUCGUCUAGAAUCUCGAGAAUUCGCUUCACGCGGACGAGUGCCUUGUCGUCGUCCGUUGACGCGAUGCCUGGUGACAACGCCUUCAACAUGGUUGCGGUGGGGUGCAUGGCAGCGUCGCUGUGGCGCUGCUGGUUCUGGUCGCUGCCGUUCGGAGCGGCAGAACUGGCAUCAAUGCAACCACAUGGACGGUUGUUGCCACGCCGAGUCGGAACUGGCAAUUCGUCUUGCCGACGGAGGACGCGUUCCCUCAGCGUUCGCAUCGGUGGUGAUGGCUCCUGUGGCAUGAGCUCCCCUUGGCGUCGAGGACUAAUGCUCGCGGGUUUGUCGGCAGUAUGAUUGCUUGGAGUUCGAGGCUUGCUGCGCGAUGGCGUGUUGUGGCGUUGGGACGACGGACUUGUGUAAACCGGCAAUGGCCUCGCUAUCGGGAGAAGGCUCAUGUUCAUCUGGACAAAGCUCCACGCGUGUCGAUUGUGGAGUGGCGGCGCGUCGAGCUGCGUCGUGACCACUGGAGACGGAACGCCGCGGGCCUUGUCUCCCAUCGACCGCGUCGUUGAAAUAACGCCACCGCCGCCGCCGGGUGGACGUUUUGGAUUCGGC